AUGGUGCUGGACGAGGCGGACGCCCUGGUGGGCGACGACUCCUUCACGGCGCCGCUGGAGGAGAUCCUGGCAGCCGCGCCCCUGGCCGCCGGCGCCCCCGGGCCGGCCGGCCCCGGGGAGGCGAGGACCCAGGUGGUGGUGGUCGGAGCCACCUUCCCCGCAGGGCUGAGCGAGACGCUGGGGAAGUUCACCGACGUGGGCCGGUUUGUCACCCUCGCCACCCAGCGCCUGCACCACCUGCCACCCCACGUCCAGCAGAAGUUUGUCCGCCUCAAAGGCCGGGACAAGCUGCCCGAACUGCUGCAGCUACUCAAGGAGCGCCCGGCGUCCGGUGGGGCUGUUCUCAUCUUCUGCAACAGUGCCAGCACUGUCAACUGGCUGGGCUAUAUCCUAGAUGACCACAAAAUCAAGCACCUGAGGUUGCAGGGACAGAUGUCAGCAGCUGCUAGAGCUGGCAUCUUUGCCUCCUUCCAGAAGGGUGAUGUGUCUGUCCUUGUCUGCACUGACCUUGCCUCGCGGGGGCUGGACACCAGCAGCGUGCAGCUAGUGGUCAACUAUGACUUCCCAGACAACCUGCAGGACUACCUGCACCGCGUGGGGCGAGUUGGACGGGUUGGAAGCAAGGCGCCUGGAGCCGUGGUUAGUUUUGUCACCCAUCGGUGGGAUGUGGACCUGGUGCGGAAAAUAGAGACUGCAGCCCGGAAAAGGGCAGGUCUCCCAGGCAUGGACUCCUCCAUUAAUAAGCCUCCACCUAAAGGAGGUUGA